AUGACUCUUAAUAGUGCAGAACUGUGUAAAGAAAUUCAACAUGUUGCACCUUUGGGUCUGUUUUUGGGUGACAAGCAGAGGGUUCAGGCUAUAAUAAAUGUGUUACAUCCUGUUGACUCUGUGGGUGGUGAAUCACUGCUUAAGCUGCGACUCCGCAGAGAGGGAUGGAUCAGGUGCAGGGAAGUAUCAGUCAUCCUAACAGCAGUCAACAUGCAGCUGAUACGUCUGGAGGCUGCAGUCGUUCUUGGAAUUGUUUUACUUCAGAUACCCAGCAUCAGCAUCUCUUCUCCAGCUUCUGGAUUUCUGGCUUCGGUGGAGACCUGCAUGUCAGACUUAUGCAGCUGUGAGCGGGCUUUUGUCACCGGCAACUGUGAAGAUGACAGGUGCCAAAUAAAGGGCUCAGAGGGCUGUAACUUGACCAUCCAGACAGCACUGGACCUAUUUCCAUCAAUGCAAGGGUGUGUGUGUACAUGGGAGGAGGAGCUUUGUGACUCCAUUCAAGCACUGGCCACACAAUGCCUCCAAAAGCCAGGAAUUCAGCAGAGGAGAAUCACACGGACCGACUGGAAAUCAAGUAAUUUAGGAGACAUUGAUAUGCUUCUUGCAGUGUAUGAUGGUUCUGAAUCCUGUGUGGACCGAAUUGGUCAUUGUGUGAGCGAGUCUGUUUGCAACAGGCACCUCAUACCUGUUCUUCAAGCAUGCAUGGCUGAUCACUGUGACAGCGAAAGGUGUCGGGGGGAAAUUCAACAGUUCUAUGGAGGCAUGCCCCAACAGUCUGCCGAAAUGCUGGUGAUGUGCAAGUGUGAUAGUUCAGAUCAAAGCUGCCUGCUCAUGAAAUCCAGUCUGCAGAGUGGCGCAUGUGGAGUGGAGACAAGGAUCUGCCAAGAAAGGCUCACUCAGUGUGUUCAGGACAGUAACUGCAGAUACCUCUUAAAAACUCUUCAAGUCAAAUGUUGGAACCAUGAAGAAACACUGUGCAGUGAACGAAAUCUACAAGAAAAUGAAUGCUUCACACUGAAGGAUCCAGCUCUUAUCCUUGGUGCAAAUUCUGACUGUAAAAAGGCAUUUUUGGCUACUCUGGGCACAGUUCUUCAUCAUCCUUGCACAUGCAAAGGAGUCCACCGUGAUCAUCUACAGAUGUGCAACAUGAUUCUUGAAGUAUUUCAUAACAGACUUCACUUCAUAAGAUUGACGGAAAGCACCGGUGGCCCUUCGAAACCACCUGAAGUCAAUAAAUCUGAGCAGGUUCAUAUGAGGUCAUAUGGUUACCUCUUGUAUGUUUUUUUAGCAUUUUGUCUUGCUGGAGUGGUCAUACUAUUGCCUCUGGUUUUUCUCCGUAAGAUGUGGUUGAAAAGGAGAAAUCAAACAAAACUUAACAACGGCAAGAAGGCAAAUCAUGACGUUUUAUAAUGAAAUAUACACAUCAUGUUUUUUUUCUGUUUAGCUUGAAAUUUUAUGUGGU